GAGCUUAACUGAUUAUUCUAUCAUUAAAAUCGCAAAGAAAUGUAAUAAAUUGCAAUUUUUAGAUAUUGGUUUUGGCGAAGAUAUUACCAGUAAAUCAUUCUGUGAAAUAGCACGGUCAUACAAUGGGUUAAAAUAUCUAAGAAUUAGUGAGUAUCAGAAUCAUAUCACUGAUAGCAUUGUAUAUGAUAUUGCACGAUCCCAUCCUAACCUCCAACUUAUAGAUAUUCAUUUUUCUAGUAAAUUUACCGAUACUGUUAUUUAUACCCUUACAGAUUUAUGCCUAAAUCUGAGAAGUUUAAAACUUGAGUAUUGUGAUGAAAUAAAUGAUAUAGCCAUCAGAAAAAUUGCACAUUGUCGUUAUUUGGAACAUCUCGAACUCUAUAGUAUAAAGGCUUUUGCUUAUUAUAAUAAAUAUGGUGAAGACCAUCCAGAGUUAAAAACAAUUAUUGAUAAAAUGGAACGAAUUUUAACUCAUUUUAAAAAUUAUCUAAACUUUGCCGACAUGUAUAGUCAAGAAGAAAAGGAAGAGAUAUUUUCACUUGCAACUCAAAAAAAAACAGUUUUAGUAAAUGAUUUAUCACCUGAGGUAACAUCUGACUCAACCUUAACUAAUCAACCACCUAAAAUAAUACGAAGAGAUUCAUUAUCAUCACGGUCUUCCUUAUCCUCUUUACCAACUAGUUGA